GCAGGAUAACGACUCGAGCCUCCGCCGGCUGCCCCACAGAGCGCGUCGCUUUAUUUAAAGUUCAGCUUCGGUCGCCGUGUUGUUCCACCGACAGGAGGGUUUCGCCGGACACAUUGUUCUCCACUUUUAGACAAUCAGGUUUCCUCCUCUGUCAUGGAUGUGGUCAUGCGUCGCUGUCCAUUUCUGUCCCGGGUGCCCCAGGCCUUUUUCCAACAGGCCAGGAAGUCUCUGGUGGUGUAUGCCCAGCGAUGUCCUGUCAUGAUGGAUCUGGCAUCCAAGCCCUUGGCUCCGGGGCUGGUCCGCGCCCUCUGUUCCUCGUCCUCCCACAAGGCCGAGGGUGCCAUGGCUGCCAGUGAAGGCUCUAAGCAGAAUGAAUCCUCCAGGUUACCCCCAGGCCAUCCCGUGCCACCUUCUGGCCAGGCAGCGGCCUCCAAAUGUCCCUUCCUGGCAGCUGAGAUGGGCCAGAAGAACAGCAGUGUGGUCCGCCAGGUCAGCAUGGAAAUCCAAGAGGACGUCCAAGAGAUCCGCACCAUUCAGAAAGAGGUAUCGUCCACCCAGCUGGUCAGCCCCACUGAGGGGAGUGGAGGGGAGCAGAGUACUCUGAUGAAGAACCUGCUUGAACAACGGCCAAAACGGGUUUCUCGUCUGCUGCAGGACAACCUGCCAAGCCGUUUCUCCAACUUCCAUUACGAUCAGUUCUUUGAGAAGAAGAUUGAGGAGAAGAAGAGUGAUCACACAUACCGUGUGUUUAAAACGGUCAACCGGCUGGCCAGUGAUUUCCCAAUGGCUGACGACUACACCCACUCCCUAGAGGACAAGAGAGAGGUGUCUGUGUGGUGCAGCAACGAUUACCUGGGCAUGAGCCGACACCCCAGUGUCGUACAGUCUAUCAUAGAUACUUUACGGAAGCAUGGAUCUGGAGCAGGGGGCACCAGAAACAUCUCAGGGACCAGUAAGUUCCACGUUGAACUGGAACAGGAACUGGCUGACCUCCACCAGAAGGACGCAGCUCUGCUCUUCACCUCUUGCUUUGUGGCAAACGACUCCACCCUGUUCACCCUCGCCAAGAUGCUGCCGGGUUGUGAGAUCUACUCCGACGCAGGGAACCACGCCUCCAUGAUCCAGGGCAUCAGAAACAGCGGCGCUAAGAAGUUUAUCUUCCGUCACAAUGACGUGGCCCACCUCCGCCAGCUGCUGCAGAGAGGCGACCCCUCCAAGCCCAAGAUUGUGGCCUUUGAGACAGUCCACUCCAUGGACGGUGCUGUGUGUCCAUUGGAGGAGAUGUGCGACGUGGCUCAUGAGUUUGGAGCUAUCACCUUUGUGGACGAGGUUCACGCUGUGGGGCUGUACGGCGCCCGGGGAGGGGGCAUCGGAGACAGGGAUGGUGUCAUGCACAAGAUGGACAUCAUCUCUGGAACAUUAGGUAAGGCCUUUGGCUGCGUUGGCGGCUACAUCGCCAGCACCACCACUCUGGUGGACACCGUGCGUUCCUAUGCUGCGGGUUUCAUCUUCACCACUUCUCUGCCGCCGAUGCUGCUGGCGGGGGCCAGGCAGUCAGUCCAUACCCUUAAAGGAGAGGAGGGCCGUGGUCUGAGACGAAAACAUCAGCGCAACGUCAAGCUGCUGAGGCAGAUGCUGAUGGACUCCGGGCUCCCUGUGGUGCACUGCCCCAGCCACAUCAUCCCUGUCAGGGUGUCGGACGCAGAGAAGAACACGCAGGUGUGUGACCUCAUGAUGAGUCGCUACAACGUCUAUGUGCAGGCGAUCAACUACCCCACGGUGGCCCGGGGGGAGGAGCUCCUUCGUAUUGCACCGACACCACAUCACACCCCUCAGAUGAUGGCCUACUUUGUCGAGAAGCUGGUGGACAUGUGGAAGGAGGUGGGCCUGGAGCUGAAGCCUCACUCCUCGGCCGAGUGCACCUUCUGCCAGCAGCCGCUGCACUUCGAGCUGAUGAGUGAACGAGAGAAGUCGUUCUUCAGCGGCCUGAGUCACCCCAUCUCCGCCUGCGCCUAACAGCAGUCCUACUCACUGUACCGCGUCACUGUCUCUGAUAAGUGUCCUAAAUAUAUCUAUUAUUUAAAUACUCUACAUACAGAUGUGCUAUAUGAGGCAAAUAAAAGAUGUGAGGGAGGAGUGGAGGUCUGUGUGUUGUUUGUGAUGGACGCUGGAUGUAUGUUGGAUUUUCUGGGGGGUUUCAGACCGUCUGGGCAACAUGAUCGCUCAUGUAAAGCUCAGCACAUGUUACUAAUUCAGCUUGUUCAAGACCAGGAUGACUUCUGACUCACACUUUCAUUCUGUGUGGGGAUGAAUCUGAAAGUGACCAGUAAGCAGCAUUUUUUUUCUUUUAAUCUGAGUCAGGCUCGGCCUUGUGGGGGACGGGGAACAAAGCUCAAUAAAUCACAGGACGUUGUACUAAAGUGCAUGAUCACCAACCAGGUCUCAAAACGCCAUCUCAGAAGGCAACAGAAAUACCCAUGUCAGACAAAUACUACAAAAAAAGACAGGUCAAAACAGAGUGCAUUAAAGUACAGUAAGCAUACAGUACACAGAGUACAUGGAAGGACACAGAGUACGUGGAAGGACACAUUAGAGGCUGUCUGGUGUUGAUUUUUAUGCACUGUAGCGGGGUCUGGAUGAGAUGUGGGGCUGCUGGUGUGGUGUGGAGUCAGAAAGCUCAGGAACAUAAUGUGACAGAGACAGACGGGUCAUCGCUGCCGUGUUGGUUUGUCAACGUUGUCUUAAAACGUGAAUAAAGUUUGACACUUGUUGCGAGUGCUGGGUUCAGGGCUUCCCUCCAGACAGUAAGCCAGCCCACAUGGCUCACAUGUUGUACUGGCAGCUUGACAAAACCACAUGUAUGGGGAGGGGAAUGCAAGUUCAUUUGAAAGCAAGCUAACUCCGAACCGGGUCUGUCCGGGUUUGGAGCAGCACUGUACUAGUCCAGCUAGCAGCUCUUUUAUCAAGAUCAGUGUAAACUUUCUAAAUCGUUAACUUUUAAUUUCUUUUUUUUUCUCGUGUGUCCAUCUAAAUGAGGUGGCUGUAUGUCUCUUAUGUGUUUAUUUGUGCUUGAUGCCACUGUCCUGGUCUUUUU